AUGCCUUCACCCGACGCGUCAGAGACGGAUUCGUCACGUCCAGUCUUACCGACUGGCGACUCACAACCCGCCACCAACGAGUCACAAGCUGUUACGGCUGACUAUAACUCCAGAUCUGAAUCGCUUAACGGUUCGUCGGAUAAACAGACCAAUGGCCCGGUACUAGAUUCCAUAUCUGAGUCUAAGCAAAACGCAAAAAUAAUGCUGCCUGCAUCGGGGGUCUCUCCAGCCAAUUCCAAUUUAUCCGAAGGUCAGCAACAACAUACAGCCAACGGGACCAAUGGGAUUAACGCGAGUCGAAAACGCUCACGGUCGGGUUCUGUUAUCUCAUCCUCUGCUCCAGAAAACGCGCCCGCCACUGUGCGAGAGACACCGGUGGAGAAAGUUCUUCUCGAGCAGUAUGUGUAUCGGGAGUUCCAGCACAGUGCUUUAGAGGCCACUCGUAAUAAAAGCCAAGAACUCUUCCAACAAAAAAGAGCGGAGCGGGACUAUUUAUUGGCGCUGCGUCGCGAAAACCAGCUUAAUCCUGCGGCAAUUUACGGUGUCGGCUAUGAAGGAUAUGGCAAUGCACGGACGGAUCUGAGGAACCAGCACCCUCAAUUACUCUACCCGGCGAAUCGGCGUCGUCCCGGGGGAAGAAAGACUAGGGAACUGCGGAUAUCGAGGAAAGAUCUCAAGGCACAAAGUGAACUCCGGGAAGACUUGGUUCCUAUUCGAUUGGACUGUGAUUGGGAUAAAGUUAAAAUCCGUGAUACAUUUACAUGGAAUCUUCAUGACAGGGUCACAUCUCCUGAGCUAUUCGCCGAAAAGCUCGUUGAGGAUCUAGGGCUUCAACCCGAAACAUGCGCACCGCUCAUCCGCCAAAUUACGCAGAGUAUCCAAGAACAGUUGACCGAUUACUUCCCCCAUGUGUAUAUGGAAGAAGAGCCGCUCGAUCCUCACUUGCCUUAUGAAGCAUAUAAGAAUGAUGAGAUGCGCGUUCUUGUCAAGCUCAAUAUUACCAUUGGUCAGCAUACUCUUGUUGAUCAAAUCGAAUGGGAUAUCAAUAAUCCAUAUAACUCCCCGGAGGACUUCGCUUUGCAGAUGACGAAUGACUUAUCACUGUCAGGGGAGUUUACGACAGCCAUUGCUCAUUCAAUCCGAGAACAGGUCCAACUAUUUACCCGCUCCUUGUACAUUACAGCACAUCCGUUUGACGGGCGACCCGUCGAUGACCCAGACCUCAAAGCCGCCUUUUUACCUUCCCCUAUGCCAUCUACUUUCCGACCAUUUCAGGCAGCCAAAGACUUUACACCUUAUCUAUACGAGCUCAACGAAGCUGAAUUGGAACGCACCGAGGUAUCGAUAUCGCGCGAACAACGAAGACAGAAACGGUCCGUCAAUCGUCGUGGCGGUCCUGCUCUACCAGAUCUUAAAGAUCGACAACGAACGAUUCGAACCAUGAUUGUUUCCUCCGUGAUACCCAAUAGCGCCGCCUCAAUUGAUGAGACCCGUCUGUUCAAGAGAUCGGGAAGCGGGCGCACGAGACGAGCGGGUGGCGGACAACGCGAUGGUCUGGAUGAUUCGGACCUGUCGGACAGCGAUGACUCUUCUGUUGGUUCUCCGGCUAUUGGUGUCCAUCUGGCUCAAGGCACAGCUCGCACAAGAGGUAUGAGGGGGGCAGCAUCCGCUGCACAGGCUGCCAUGCGAGCCAACCUUGCACAAUCCGCUACACCCGAACCCGCCUCACAUCAUCAUGAAACGCGAAUAUCACGACGGCGCGACUACCGAGAGGAAAGUUCAGAAGAACCCGAGAAACUUGUUGUCACAUUCAGAAUCGCCAAAGAUCGAUUCAGACAGUUGGUUUCAGAUCUAAGCAAUCGAAAACGACCAGUGACGCCGAAUUUCCCCGUACAGGUACCGACAUCGAAGAGCAGCACUCCUCAGUUAGCAACCCCUAUUCAGAGCAACAUGCUUCCACCCAGCACUCAGCCUCAACACGCAUCCACGAGCCGUCCGGGUAGUACCAGCGCAGCUCCACAAUCGCAUACUCCGACACCACAAAUUGGAGCUGUUGAUGCUCCUCAUCCCCCCCAGCCGGGUGUGCCACCUCCUGCCGCACCCAGUUGGCUUAUAUCUGGGUUAGAGAAACUGAAAAAGGGUUAUCCAAACGAUAGAUUCGAGGGAGUUAUGCGUUACUCUGCAGUGGAUACAGCAACAAUGAAUCCCGUAGCGACCUCCAGUGGACCACCACCAAAUAUCAAAUUGAAAUAUCAAUACCUACCUCGUAUUCGAUGUCUCGAUUGUCCCGGCAAGUUGUAUACACCUGGUCCCGGCAUGACAGUGGAGAAUUUUGAGGUCCAUCUAAGGAAUCGACUACAUAAGGAACGUGUCGAGGCAAGACUGGCCAGAUCUGUAGGCGGUAGCGCCGGUACUACACCUGCAUGAUAUGUGACGAUGACUUGAACAAUGUAUGAUGUUGCGAUGCAUUUGAAUUGACUUGACCUGAGGACAAACAAGAAUACAAUCAAUACCUUGUUACGAAUCUUGUCUGGAUCUGUCAAUCUCGUUUCCUUGUUUUUUUCCCGUUUUAUCCGCUUCUCUUUUUUGAAUAUUACUAUUAGUAUUAUACAAAUUCAUAGUACAUAUGGAGAGUAUGGAAUUCGUACACAUGGACUGCAUCAUAACAUGAGCUAAGCUAUUUGCUUCGUGGUAGAUAGAUACACAGGUAUUUGGAUAAACAUGAAUAUUGGUUUGGAAUCGAAACGAACUGAGAUAUGAUUUGCGACACUCAUACAUAUACCAUGAAAACGAAGACAUGCGCAGAAAUCACAAAACGGAGAUUUAGAAAAGGAAAGGCAAGAUGGGUAUUCGGUAAAUGACAAAGUUUGAAAUCCUGAUUGAUGGGGCCUUUAAUUUCGGAAUGGCAUAGAACAUACACGUACAUAUGUAAAAACAGAACAGUCACAUAGGGGAACGAACAUUGGAUAAGACACGAUCAAGCACGUCUGCUCGAACGUCGUACUGGCAACGCCUCUGUUCUUACGGACUUUGUAGAACCAGAAGAUGUCCUCUUACCUGCCGCCUUUUUCUUCGGCGUUGUUUGCUUUUCUUCUAUUUCUUCCUCUUCUUCUUGGUCUUCGUCUUGCUCUUUUGCGUCGCUCAUUUCCUCGUCCUCAUCGUUCGCACUGGCUGCAUCUCCCACAUCACUCUCGUUAGCUUCGUCCUCCUCCUCCCCAUCUUCAUUCACCUCCUCCAUCUCUUGAUCGUCUUCAUCACUGUCACGAUCAGCAUAGCUGACCUUUUUAGAAACACCCCGGCCACUUCGCCUUCGUUCUGCGGCGAGGUCUUUCUCGUCUCCAUCAAAAUCAGAACCCCAUUCAUCCUCUCCCGUCUUCUUCUUGCGGAAUAACUUUGUGUUCGCAGAUGUAGACGCUCUGCGUGGAGCAGUAGAAGACUUUCUGCGGGCCUUUUUGGCUUCACCAUCGCCGUUAGUAUCAGCAUGUUCACUCUUUCUCUUCUUGCUUGCGUUAGCUGCCUGAGUAGAUUUCCUCGGCCGCAUCCACGACCGUACAAUGAUGUCAAGGCUGUCUUCUAUGUCUUCUGGAAGGAAACUCUUAUCGGCUACUUCUUGUGCCUCUUUAUGGCUUGACAUGGCAGCAAACAACGAACUAGGAAGCCUCAAUUUGCCCGGGUAUGUCUGAAGAAUGCUUGCACCACCAGUUGCACCUCCAAUCCGGUUCUG